AUGUUCAAGUGUUCGUUCGUCCCGCUCGUGCUGCUGCUUGCAUGCGCCAUUCCGGUGGCGGCAGCAGCCCCGCAGUGCUCUGCCGGGGUCAGUCGAGCGACCAGGACCACGCUGGACAACGGCAAACUCUUCAGCUCCUGCGCAGUGGACGCUACAGGCGUCCGAUUCGACGUCGACUCGCUCUUGGACGCGCUCAACCUCCCGGAGCGCGACUUCCUCCUCUUCUGCCGCUCUUCGGGCUGCACUGACCCCGUGGAGACGCUGCUGCUUGCCAUCCCGACCAACUGCCUCAUCACGUACCACGGAUCUGCGCGCAACCUGUCGGAAGAAGUUUCGACACUACAUCACGAGUGCGCCAAAGUGGCGGGGGCAGCGGACAAGACCGACGAAGAGUUUGUCUACCGAUACUUCCUGGAUUAA